AUGAGGACGGAAUUUGAUGGAAAUCAUGCCAAAAUUAUGGCUAAACCGAGCCAAGAAGCUGACGAAUACAUUGCCAAGAAGUAUUACGAGCAUGUUAUUCAAGUAAUGCAAAAGUCCAUUCAGCAUUUAAAAAUACAAAAUGCAGCCGAAGAUUUACCAACAGUAAGCGGCAACCAACUUAAACCUGAAUCGAUGGGAGAAAUGAGUGAGUUCGAGCCAUCAGAAAUAAGAAAAUUCAAAAUUAAGCUUCAAAUACAGUUUGAAUAUGUAGAAGAAGCUUUUUCUGAAACUCGCAGUGUCCAUUUAAAAGUCAUUACUAAAGACUCAAUAGAAGAACAAAUAGAGGACUUCCGAGAAAAAUACAGCGUUAACAUUGAGAAGUUAACAGAUAAAUUGAAAAGGUGCACGCCAACACAAGCUGCGUCAUCUACUAUGAAACUACAGGAGAUUAAGAUUCCGAUAUUUUAUGGCGAGAUGAAUCAAUGGUCAUCAUUUAGCGAUCUUUUCCAAGGUUUGGUGCAUAAUUCGAAGCACUUUACUGAAGUAGAAAAGAUGUUCCGGCUGAAGUCGUCAUUAGGAGGAGAAGCUGGAAGAUUAGUUCAGCAUUUACCGGUAAUCGAAUACAACUAUGAAGCCGCUUGGCAAAUCCUCCAGGAAAGAUAUGAAAACAAAAGGCUGCAAUUCACAACACAAGUGGACAGACUUCUUGAUCAACCAACAGCAAAUGGGAAAAGUGCGGCAAGCAUGAAGCAACUUUUGGAUACCACCAAGGAAUGCAUUUAUGCUCUUAACGGGCUUAAAUUGAAUUUAAAUGACGAGCAAGCAAUUAUAGCUCGGAUAGUUGUUCGGAAACUAGACAAAGAAAGUCUCCGGUUAUAUGAGCAGAAUGUCAAGAAAACUAGGGAUAUCCAAAGCCUAGAUGAUGUUUUCCGUUUUCUGGAGCAGCAAUAUCAAGCUCUAGAAGCUAUACGAGACAGGAAAACAACUAAAUGGAGCAAUCAAAAGCAGCCACAACGAGCACCCACAUUCUUUACAGCUGCACAAAAGACCUGUAUAUAUUGCAAGAUUCCUGGGCAUCAAAUUGUUGAAUGCAGAAGGUUCCAGGCAUUGACUACGAUGAAUCGUAGAGGUUUCAUAGUAAACAAUAAGCUAUGCAAUAUUUGCCUCGACCAAGUAUAUGAAGGCAAUUGCAAGAAUAAGAAAAAAUGCACAACAGCCCAGAUAAGAGUGAAGGCGGCAAAUGGAGAGUACGUGACAUUGCGAGCACUAAUCGAUCAAGGAUCACAGAAGACUACCAUUUCUGAAGAAGCCGCUCAAACAGUACACUUACCAAAGAGAAGAGAAGUAACUGAGCUACAAGGGCUAGGAAAUACUACAGUGGGAGUCUCCAAAUUUAAAGUCAACAUUGAAAUCAGGCUAAGAUUCCUAAGCAACGAAGUGUACAAUGUCGAAGCACUGAUUUUGCCGAAAUUGGCGAGUGCACAACCUGAUAAAACAUUUAAAUGGGAUAUAGAACAAUGGAGAAACUAUACCUUAGCUGAUCCCAACUUCAAUAGGUCAGAUCGAAUCGACGUCGUUAUUGGAGGAGAUGUAUAUGCUGACAUAUUAGAAGAAGGCAUAUUUAAGGAAGAUCGAAUACUAGGCCAAGCUACGAAAUUAGGAUGGAUAUUGUCGGGAGUUUUACAACAACCGAGAAAAAAUGGUAGAAUUCUAGCGGCGGUGACCACAACGUUGGAGAAGUUUUGGGAAAUAGAAGACACCACAGCACCAACAUAUAUAGAAGAUGAUGAUGAAUGUAUGAAGAUAUUUGAUAAAACGACAACAAGAGAUGAAAAUAAUAGAUUUGUCGUCAAUCUACCUUUUAAGAAAGAAAAAGAGUUAGGCGACUCUCGCAAACAAGCAAUAGCGAGGUUUCUUAAUCUUGAGAAAAAGUUGGCUUCAGAUGACAACCUAAGAAAACAAUAUGUGCAAUUUAUGAGAGACUAUUUAGAAAUGGGCCACAUGAAAAAAGCAAGUGGAAAUAAUUGCGGAACAUACUAUUUGCCACAUCAAGCCGUAAUUCGAGAAGGAAGUCUCACAACUAAACUACGAGUAGUUUUCGAUGCAUCUGCAAAAACUACAAAUGGAAGUGAUAUUGAAAAGAUGUAUCGACAAAUUAAAGUAGCAGAAAGUGAUCAAGAUUAUCAACGUAUAUUGUGGAGAGAAGCGAAAGAAGGGCCGAUAGGAGAAUGCAAACUGCAAACAGUUACGUAUGGAACAGCAUCCGCUCCUUUUCUUGCAACGAGAACUUUACAAGAAAUUGCCAAAUCCUGCGAGCCUUACAAUUAUUUGCUUUCAAACAUCAUUAAAAACGACUUCUACAUGGACGAUUUAAUGACAGGAGCAGAUUAA